GGGGAACCUCGGGCCCUACACGAGCUCGGCUUCCGCGCGCGGUUGCCACAGAAGCAUUUCUACCGACUCGUUCGCCCAACAUAUACCACCGACAAGGAGCCGCGCUUCCAAGAGGGUGCUACCAUUAUUCACGUUCCGCAAAAAUCUCAUCACUCUCGAACCCACGCCCCAAUCGCUCCUCAUCCUCACCUCACACGACCAACUCCCAAACACCGACAAAAUGGCUGCCGAACGCCUUGGUUCCAUCCUCAAACACCUCACACCCGGCAACGCGCUCUCUACUCUCACAUCCAAGAACGAUGACGAUAUCGUCAUCACCGUCGCGGUGCGGACACCGCUAGCAAAGGCCAAGAAGGGUGGUUUCAAGGACACCACGCUCGAGUACCUGAUCUACGCGCUGCUUCAGCAAGUGAGGGAAAAGUCGAAGCUGGAUCCCGCCCUGGUUGAGGACAUUUGCAUGGGCAAUGUCUCGGACGGCAAGGCGGCAUACAAGCUCCGCGCGGCGGCCCUGGCGGCCGGCUUCCCCAACACGGCGGGCGCCUCGUCGGUGAACCGGUUCUGCUCGUCGGGCCUCAAGGCGACCGAGGACAUCGCCAACGCCAUCCGGGCCGGCUCGAUCCAGGUCGGCAUCGCGGUGGGCGCCGAGUCCAUGACGGCGGGCGGCGACGCGCUCGACGCGCCCUUCGACGAGGCCGUCACGGCGGCGAGCCAGGAGGCGCAGGACUGCAUGCAGCCCAUGGGCUGGACGAGCGAGAACGUGUCGCGCGACUUUGGCAUCACGCGCGAGGAGAUGGACCGCUACGCCGCCCUGAGCUUCCAGAAGGCCGAGCGCGCCCAGAAGGCGGGCCUGUUCGACGAGGAGAUCGUGCCCAUCAAGACGAAGCUCAAGGAUGCCAACGGCGAGGUCAAGGAGGUCACCAUCUCAAAGGACGAGGGCAUCAGGCCCGGCACCACCGCCGAGACGCUGGGCAAGAUCAGGGUCGCGUUCCCGCAGUGGGGACCUACCACGACGGGCGGCAACGCCAGCCAGGUCACCGACGGAGCCGCCGCAGUUCUCCUGAUGAAGCGCUCGACGGCCGUCAAGCUGGGCCAGCCCAUCCUGGCCAAGUUCGUCGGCUCGACGGUCGCCGGCCUCGCGCCGCGCAUCAUGGGCGUCGGCCCGACGGUGGCGAUCCCCAAGCUGCUGGCGCUGCACGGCAUCACCAUCAACGACGUCGACGUGGUCGAGAUCAACGAGGCCUUUGCCAGCAUGGCCGUCUACUGCCGCGACACGCUCAAGCUCGACGACGCCACCAAGCUCAACCCGCGCGGCGGCGCCAUCGCGCUCGGCCACCCGCUCGGCGCCACGGGCACGCGCCAGAUCGUCACGGGCCUGGCCGAGUGCCGCCGCGCGGGCAAGAAGGUGCUCCUGACGAGCAUGUGCAUCGGCACCGGCAUGGGAAUGGCCGGACUGUUUGUGUCGGAGCAGUAGGAAUGCCGCGACGACGACGCGCGGGCGCCCUUGCCUUGUAAUUGUGUGAUCAAUCCCAGGCUACUUGUAACUCACGUGCCUGAGCGUAUGAUGUGUAGAUUCUAGAUCCAUAGCGACAAUGUAUCCAUCCUUCUCUUGUG